AUGAGUUUCUUGAAAAAACAUUUCCGUCGGAAAAAGCACUCGACCGGCACCACCCAAUCAUCGGGCCCGAUUAUAUCCGGCUCCGACUCGUACAUCGAGGAUUUUCCCGUGGUAAGUUCGAUGCGAGAUGAGACUACUCGCUCGAACAACAACUCCUCAUCGCUGAUCAAGAAAGUCAUCAGGGCGUCACCGAAACCGCAAACGGCAGCGCCCGGUCAGCUGUCGACUCUGAAACUGAGUCCGAUUUCUCGGUCUCAGCCUCCGAAUCAAGUUUCGAUAAGCAUUCUCAGAUCAAGACUCGGAGAACUGAGUGGCUCGGUGGACCCAGCAUCGUCCGUGAGAAGCCUCUCAGGAAGCGUGAAAACCGUGGCGCCCGAGCGAAACAGCUUCGGGAACGAGUUGCGUCACCUCGACCUGAAGAUUAGAAGCAGCAUCACAAACGAAUUAGACGCCAACAACGCAUGGGAAGCUCUCGCAGGACGACUUAGACAUCCGGACCGGCCAUCCGACCUCCUACUCACGGACAUCCAGCUCCUCAACGACGAGAAAAAAGUGAAGAGCCCGUCCGAGGAAAUACUCAAAACCUGGUCCACAACCGGGCGGAACCGACCCCGGAUCCAGGACCUCUACGAUGUAUUGGUGGAUAUCAAACAGCUCAAGAUCGCUCAACGACUCAUGAGAGAGGUCACGGGAACGUCGAUCUCCUUUGAUUUUGCUACGGAAUCGGGACAGGUCCUCAUGGGAUCUGAGGUCAGCACAGCUAAUUUCCUUAAUGUGCCGGCCUGUCUCUCGAAUGUGUAUCAAAUAUGUUUCAACGACAUGGACACCGCCACCGACCAUUUCUCGCACACGAGCACAGCUAAAAUCGGCGAAGGCAAUUUCGGUGUCGUCUACAAAGUUAGAAUCGACGGCGAGGACAUGGCAGUGAAAUUUUCCAAACAGGAUAUCAAGCAGAUAGCCAAUGAAAUCGAAAUGUUGAACACGUUCGAUCAUCCGAAUGUACUCUCUCUCUACGGAAUCGCUCUCGGAGAAGGUGAAUCGUUCUGCUUGAUCACGAGAUACAUGCGAAACGGUAGCCUCCAGGAGCUGUUGUUGAAGCAGCCGCCCGUGGAAUGGCCGCUAAGGUUCCGAAUCCUGAGGGACGUCGCAGCCGGCUUGGAAUACGUCCACUCCUUCAACGUCGAGCACAGGGAUGUCAAGCCGGCGAACAUCCUCCUCGACGAAAACAUGAACGCUGUGCUGGCUGAUUUCGGAACGGCCCGCAAGAAGUUCACCGACAGUACGGAAGUGACACAACAUUACGCGGGAUCGUUGGAUUAUAUGGCGCCCGAAGUCAGGAACGGUAUCGUGGACUUGGCAUCGGAUGUAUUUUCUUUCGGAGUGGUGGCUCUGGAAAUUUUCACCGGUCUCCGUGUUUACGACUCUUCGCGUGAAGGGGAACAUAUCCGAGACCACGUGAAGGGGAAAAGCUCAGAAGAGGUUUGUGACUCUCGCAUCGUUCGUCUUUCGGAGAGCGUCCGGGAAGACUGCUUCCGAGACAUUAUAUCAUGUGUACAGAAGAAGAGGGCGUUUCGACCGAAUAUGAGCUAUGUCCACAAACAGUUCGAACUCUUCCUCGAAUGUGUUUGCGACAAGGAGACUGAGUGAGAGGGUCGAGAGGAACU